AUGUACUCGGCGAUUCAUUCUCUGCCGCUAGAAGUAAGUGGGGUGGGUGGUGGUGGUGGUGGUGAGUUUCCGGGGGCUUUGGAGGGGACUAACUUACCUGGGGAUGCGUGCUUGAUGUUGACUUCGGAUCCGAGGCCUCGGCUCCGGUGGACGGCGGAGCUCCAUGAGAGAUUUGUUGAUGCUGUUACUCAACUGGGUGGCCCCGAUA